GCUGUGAAGCUAUUUGAAAUACCAUUAAAUCUCAUCAUCAAGUCAGAAAAAUAACUUUAAAUUGAUAAUAAUAAUUGAAUUUCGUCAGGCAGUUUACAAGCAGAACCAACAAAAACACAUUAAAAAUUACAAUUUGAAUUGUGAAAUUGAUGCGAAUUGAUUGCAACCGAAAAUAGUGAUAACUAUCCCAUAAUAUUUGGAAAAGCACCAGAAAUUGUUAUUGAUUGAUUAAACCAUGAGUAGAACAAGAUCAAGAGAGGAUCAAUUUAAUAUUCCACCCGAAAGGAAAGACGACAUUAAGAACCUUGUAGUCAUAAAACAAGGCGUCAAGUCAAUCAUACGGGAAGAAUAUCGCGACAGAGUGAUUCAGUUUUUGGAUCAUCGAAGCUACAAAAUGACACUGAUUUCGUCACUGGCAUCAUUGUUGGCGUUGUACAAAAUUCAAGAAGCCAUCGAUGAUGGGAACCAACAAUUUUUUGUACAAAACGGUAAAACAUUUUUCAUUGAGUGCUUUAACGGUGUUUUAGCCGAUAAAGUCGACAGAGAGGAACUAAUGCCGCCAGCUUUUCGUAACAUUGUCGAGGCACACUUCGGUGUAGAGAAUUUUGAAUGGCCCGAUAAAGAAUGCCUGGGAAAUGGUUUUAAUUAUUUCUACCAAGAUCACAUUCGAAAUAAUCAGACCAAUCUCAACACUCAUUGUUCAGUACAUGUUGAAUCGUUUUUUCAAAUGAAACGCUGGUAUUAUAACAUGCAUAUCAAUGGCCAUCAAUACAAUGGAUCAAAAUUUGACGGCAUCGAUAUACGAAACGCAAAAGUUUACGCCACUAGUAACAAAGAUCUGACACAUGGUGAUGUAGAGAGAACAAAUAAGAUGAACAUUUUAUUGUAUGAACUGGAAAGAAUCGGUUGGCAGUGUCAAAAAGUUCAUAAUGAACAAUUGGUUCCGGUCACUGUCAAUGAGUUCGUUAAGGACAAUUGGUUCCAAUCACUGUGGAUGUUCGGUCAAAUGCAACGCCAAAUCGAAGUGUUUCAUCAAUAUUCACAACAAUGGCAUGCAUUCCGUCGCGAUGGAUUGAUAACGAACAAUCGACCGCCAAAAGUGAACAAUUUCGCACUUGUCCCGUUAUGCCGAUUCCAACUGAAAAACGUUCGAUUGGAUAUGACAGAUAUGUAUUAUUUGGCGAACACUGUACUAGGAGUGGUGCCAAGUUCUCGCAAUCCGCUGACCAAUCGAAUGAACAAAUACACACUGGACUAUUACUUGUACGGCCAUCGAGAUGAAUUGUGGAAUUUGGUUUUCGACAUGGAUAAAAUCAAACAAAUCGGCAAGCAGAAGCGGUUUCACUCGCAAAUCAUCACCAAUAGUGUUUGCGUGUCAAUAUUGUACGAGAAGCCAGCGAAGGCUUGGGUGGAAAAUUCGGAGCAGGCCACAUUUAACAACAUGACAUAUGCUAGUGCCAUCGAUCCGAACGAGAAAACGUGGGUGGCCGUUGUGCGCCGCCAUAUCAAGUCAAACAUUGAGGAAAACAUUAAAAUAUCCAAUCCACGAUUUCAUUGGCAAACCGAGCAGAAGAAGAGAGAUCGGAAGGCUGAUCGGUUGACCUGGUGGUUUGUUGAAGAAGAACAAAUGGAUUUCAAGUCGUACCCAGUGAUACCAUCGCCGCGUGGAUCCACAUGGAAAGCGUACAUUCUGCAUCGCAUCAAAAUGCUACGAAUGGGAAUGCAAGCAUAUGCGACUCGAAAAUAUGCACGAUUGGAUCUCGAUCACCACAUCAAGGCUACCAAAACAAGUGAUAAAGUUGCCAUGCGGGUAACGAACAACAAACCGUCUUGGAUUUGGAUUGGUGCUGGAGAAAUGGCACCAAAUCGGCCAUGGGGCAUAAAGAAGCGGAAAAGAUGCCCGGGAACGCGUAAAUUGGCGACCAGCUUCAAGAAACAAGAGCACACAAAGGUCAGUUUUCAAGAUGAAUGGGGUACAUCAAUAACGUGUGCCAAUUGUCACGAGCGAUUUCCAAGAGAAACCAAAAAUCAUCGAUUCAAAAUUUGUCGAAAUUGCAUACCAAAACCGAUUGUUGGACUACCACCGAUAAUUGUGACGAAUUUGAGCAGACAAGAGCUUAAGAAAGAGCGAAUUGUAGAGAGAGCAAUCAAUCCAGAUCGUGAGAACAUCGAGCGUUUAGUGCCAAAGAUAAAAGUUAUCUUCAAAACUUGGUCAUUAACUCGAGAAUACCAUGAAUUGGGUGAUGCUGCACCAGAAGACAUGAUUGAGCACGUAGUCAUUUGGCACCGUGACAUUGUUGCCGCAAAGAAUAUUUUAUUCAAAGGAAUGUGUCGUCUUUUUGGCAUACCAUUGCCCGAUUCGUUGAAGAGACCUGACAAUCCACACCAUGCGAACAAUGUCAACUGAUAGCAGCAUAAAAUCAACAAUAAUCAUAAGAAGAAUAUUUUAACAAUUUUGUUAGUUACUAGGCGUGAAUAGUUUAAAUCCAAGGAUUUCUAUUGUACCCUUGACCGCAGUACGGGUCCCUAUUUAGGGCUGUGCGGAAUAUAAAAGAACCCGUAGUGAUGUACGCUUUGAUAAAGAUAAAGAGAUAAAGAUAAACGAAUAAAAAAUAAAUUUGAAAUACAUUUUCUAUGUAAAAGCAACGUCCAAAAGUUCGAAUAGUCACAC